AUGGCUGUUGUAAGUGUAGCAACGUGGCUCGCGCCUAUGAACCUGGCUAUCGUGGCUCUAACCCUGUUUGUUGGCUACUUACUACUGAGACCAAACCGCUGGCGGGGUAACCCACCGCCCGGCCCCAGCGGGUGGCCCGUCGUCGGCAGCAUGUUCGAACUCGGCAACCGACCGGAGAUCUUUUUCAAUAAGAUGUCGGAGCGAUACGGAAAUAUAUUCAGCUUAAACUUGGGACAGAAGCGCGUAGUUGUUGUCAACAGCUACGAGACGUGGGCAGAGGCUAUCGUAGAGAAGGGGCACAUCUUUGCCGACCGACCCGACCUUUUAUCUUUCAAGCUACUACAAGAGGGGGACCAAAGUCUCGGUGUGGCAUUCACAAGAGCUUCGGAAAUGCAACGCAAGAAAAUCAAAUUCGUUCGUGCGGCUUUGAAUCCGGCCAUUCCUGAAGUCGCUGAGAAGUUUAAGACGAUUAUAGCGAGUGAAGUCGCGUUGCUAAUGCAGGACGUCGCUAGCGAGCACGGUAAAUCGUUCGACCCACGUAAAAUGGUUGAAUUCUGUUUCGUCAACAUCAUCGGAAUGUGGCUCUAUGGGAAAAUGUUCCAACAGCGAGACGAGCAGUACUUGAAAUGGGCGGCCACGUUUGCUCGCAGGUUGGAGCUAGGAUCAUGUCUGCUUGUGGACUGGUUCCCAUCGCUUGCCUACAUUACCAGCGCUGAAGUCAAAGAAUUAAAAGUAUUCGUACAAACGAUUGUGGGCUGGCAUAUGAAAAUAGUAAAGGAACACCGGCAGACGUGA